UUGGAUUUCCUUUUCAGUAAAGUGUCAAAGCAUUAUCUGCAACCUUGAUGAGCUUAUUAAAAAAGCUGAGCUUCACCGAACUGAUUGCCUUUAGUGAAGCUGUUGCUAAGGAGUCUUGUGCCAUGAAUGUUGUAGGGUUACCUUGGGAUAUGCGUAGAAGAGUGGUGACUUUUUUGCUUGCAGGAGAGGACAAUUGGGUAGUAAUCAGAAUGCAAUGCUGCACUGUGGAAGAUGGUUUCGUCCAGCCUAGGAGCAUUCCUAAUGAGCUUGCUAAACACCUUUUUUCACCAAAAUUUACUGAGUGUGCUCAAAAUGCUCCCUGCAACGAGCUCAGUAAAAUAGCAAAACUUUGCCUCUUGUCACGGCAGGUCUGGCGAAACAGAACCACCUCGCCAUUUCUUUUCUUGACAUUUUUUAUUCCAGGUUGUGCACUCUCAUUCUCUUCCUCUUUGUGUGCUCUCAUUCUCUCCCUCUUCGUGCCAGGUCUGUUUGGUUCUAUAAAUUUCUGUUUUUGUUCCCUUUUAUGCAUGUUGGGCUUAUUUGUUCUGGUCUCUACGUUUGGUGUUGAUUUUGUUUUGUUUUUAGUUUUUGUUGAUUGGGUGAGAUCUGGUGCUUAUCUACUUUUUGUUGAGACUGCGUUGCUGCUCUGUUCAUCAAGCUCCUUGCUACUGGUGGGAACAAGACAAAAACACCUGGUCCUGGGGCACAAUCUGCAAAAUCUAGGUCUUUUCAUCCGAAUCAUUUCAGGUCGCUGCAUUUUUGCAAGUUGGCAGUAGUUCUGUUGAUGGUGGGUAUUCAGUAAACGUGUGUAAUCAAGAAUGGUGUUUGCGUUACUGAGGUGAAUUGGGGCAAUGGUUUUGUUCAUGGCAUUGGAGGAUAGACAGAAUGUAAGUGAAUUGUGAUUGGCUGUGAUCAUCCUCGUGUCUUCCUACCUGAAGCAAAAUUUUGUUUUCCAUAUAUAUGGCCAAAACAGUGUGAAGCAACUCUUUUUUGCCUGCUUGAAUUUAACAGUUCAAAGUUCAUAUAUCUGCUUAUUUGUCACUAUAUAUUAUUUUGCUUAGUGCUGAUAAAUCCAAAUGGAGAUUAUGAGGGAGUUGCUCAUGUUGUGCUUUAUAUUUGUUUCAAUGAGGUUGAUUGUUUGGAUCCUCAUUAUGCAGAUUGCUUAAAUGCCACAGCUCUUUUAGCAGCACCAACUCGUCUUCUUUUUGGUUUUGUCUUUUUCACCCUCUGAAAGCGGGAAUACUUUAGGACUCCAUUUCUUAUUAUUGAACACAAGAUCAGAAAAAAGUGUGUAUCCCUUGUUCGCUGAUAGUGUGUGCUGUUAAUAUUACAGCUGCAUGAAAAACGCAUUUACAGCCAGCUUAAAAGGAGUCAUCUUGUACUUUUUUUUUUUUUUUUAAGAAAUAAAUUUUAUAAAAAAAUGUAAGGCGCUCUUACGUACACAGGAAGCAUACAGAAGAACAAACAAAACUGCCCACAAGAAGAAACCCAAAUAAACCUUUAACCUUAAGACCCUCAAACCCAAAACUUACGUGAGCGGCACGUGAGCCUUGCCUUUCCCUCACCGAGAAGACACGCUUGCAUCGCCGUAGUGAAUAGAACUAUUUAGGUUCAACACCUCCCUCCUACAUUUGUUCUUUGGAUGUGCGCAAGCUUAACAAUUUGAAGGUCUUCUUCAAUGGCAUCCUGAAACUCCAAGGAGGGAUCCUCAACCUCCUCACCAUUCGACACCCCCCAUAAGAGAUGCAUUUGGUUCUUGUGUUGAAUAAGGCUCAAAUUGUGUGAUUGUAAGCCUAUUUUUUCUCUUCCCUGGACGGACGACAUUGGCACAAGGUAGCUAAGUUUGCUUUUCUUUGAUAACUUGAUUAUCAAUCUAAAUUGAUUGCUAGAAUUUUUAUAUAUAUCCAAGAUAGAUUACGAAAACCUGGUUGAUUGCUCAGACUUUUUGUUGUUUUACAGGAUAUUCCUUCCAAGAUAGAUUUUUAUUAUUAUUGCAGGAUGUUGUGAACUAUAGGAUUGAACACUGUUUAAGCCAUGUAGCAGGAGAUGCAGAAGAGUGUGCAGUUUGUGCUGGUACAAGCAAAUGCCGGCUCUAUUAAAUUUAGAAAUUGCAGCCCAGAAUCAUAUGGGGGCUCUCUCUUAUAGUGGGGAGCCAUUUCAGCAUUAAAUCUAACGGAAGCAUUUGAUCAAAGAAUCAUGCAGUUGUCUGCUGGCUAUGAUUUAAGAGGAUGUGCCAUUAUUUGGAGAAAUCAGGUGAAAUGUAACCUUUUGUCAAGUCUUUUAUCAAAGUAAGAACCAUGACAUGUUUGCGUCCACUCUUUAUCAAUCUGAAGUGUGUUGCAUCAUUUGAGUUUGCAAUGCUCCUGUGAGGCUAACUGAGUAACUGGAUUAAAAUGCUCUAAUAGUGUUGGGGUGCCCCUGCCAAUUUCCUGAUGCGGUCGCGUUGAAUGUAAUAACUAUAACAUUAAAUGUAUUUGCUUCCUUAUUGUAUU